CUGUAUGAAGAACACCAGAGCUGUAAUAGCGGCGGACCGCGUGCGGCAAAUCGAUUACACAAAACCGACCCUACUUUCAUAUAUGUGAAUCAAUUUCAGCUGGAACCGGAAGCACCUAUUAUGGCCAAAAACGCACCACCUGGUGUAUUAGGGUCACGCUAUGUUGUUCAAACUAAUGCAUUUGGCGUGCAGCUGGAGAAGCCGAUGGCUUUUUGGCGAUAUGAUGUCGUAAUCUCUGCAGAGAUUGGAUCCGCAAAGAGGCCCGUCUUUUUCACGAAGAAAGGACGAGACGAGUACGUUGUUGUUUUUAUUCUUUCAUUGAAGAAUAUUCAUUUUUUCGACGAUCCCGACCAGUUGUGGUAUGAUGGACAGAGUAUCUUGUUCUCAGGAAAAGAUCUGUUCAAAAAUCUACUAUUGAAUUCACGUAAUCUGUUCAUAAUCACGGAAGAGCCUCUUAAUAAUGUCGUUUUCUUUCUCAUACGCAUCACUAAUGUUUUCUAUUGCUUUCAGAUGUCGCUGACAGAGAAAGAGUUAUUGACGAGGACAGCCAAUUCAGAUCUCUCCCAAAAUGACCGUUCUAUUACACAAUUCAUGGAACUUGUCUUUAAUCAAAUGUUCAGUUGCAGGCAAGAGCAUGCUGUGUUUGAGAAUGGAAAGGUAUUCAUGAGCCAUCCAUGGAAUUUCGGCUUCCAUCAGCAAGAUUGUCCAAGCGUUGGUGGUGGGAAAAGACUCUUCCCUGGUACACAGAAGAGUGUCCGGUUUAUCGAGGGGCCAGGUGGACGUAAUUACAAUAACCCUGCUCUCAUCAUUGACGCAAAAAAGGCGGCAUUCCACGAAGAACUACCCUUGAUUGAAAAGGCAAAACAUAUUCUCAAUGACAAUCUGCUGGAGAGGGUGACAGAAAUAGGACUCGAGCGACUGAAUGCUGGGAUGAAAGGCUAUCUCAUUAACAUUUCUGAUGUACGAGUCAAUGAAUUUCUUUACAGAUUCGAGGACCGCGAUGGACGAAGGAUUUCAGUGCGUGAUUAUUUUGAGGAAAAGUAUAAAAUAAGGCUAUUACCGAUGCAAAGGGUCACUAUUCCACAGCAGACGCCAGACCAGAGUCAAAAAGCGACUAGGAGCUGUGCCGUCCCACCUGGUGAACGACAGGACAAUAUAGCUCGAGGGGCACGAGCUUUGAAGCUGCUUGGGUCCGACGACAAUCCUUUCGUUUCGAAUGCAGGGUUGUAUAUCUAUAAGGAUCCCAUAAAGGUAUCGACCUUGAAGUGCAGUAACUUCGUGUCUAACAAUCUUACAAAGUGCUGUCUCAGGUCACUGGAAGGUAAUUCAUUCCAUGUUUGUAUUUUUCUACGCAUGGUUACAAUGGAAAAUAUCCUACUCAAAGCUAAUUUGAAACUAGGAGGCUUGAAUUAUGAGAUCGAUAUGAACGGAAAUUGGAUACGGCUUGGACGUCUUUUUUUGGGAAUAGGUGUGAGUCAUCCACCACCAUCGCAAAAUUUCGACGAGAGAUCAGUGCCUUCAGUUGUUGGGUACGCUGCAAACUUCAAAGCUAACAGUUAUGAUUUUGUUGGCGAUUACCUUUUCCAGAGUUCUAGGAGGGAAGAAGUAGGUUCACUGACAGUGAAUAUAAAUCCAGAUCUAAAUGUUUUGCCGAAAUUCGCCCAAAACCAUGGUAAUAAAUUUCCAAGGGAUCUCAUAAUUUAUAGAAGUGGUCUCUCCGAAGGAUCAUUCAGCACGAUACUCACUCACGAAAUUCCACUUCUUCGAGGAGCCCUAGCUGCAUUAGGAGCGAAGAAUGUAAAAAUUGUAUUUAUAGUUGCUCAAAAGGAACAUAAUGUUCGGCUAAUGUUGGAACGUAUUGAUCGCACCCGCAGGCCUACUGAACAAAAUAUUCCUCCGGGUGUUGUUGUUGAUGAGGGCCUCACCCACCCAUCAUUCAAGGAAUUCUAUCUCAAUUCUCACAUUACAUUACAGGGAUCUGCGCGCACACCACGAUAUACCGUACUUGUUGACGAUCUCAAUCUCUCUAUGGACGAACUUGAAGGAAUGACAUACGUGCUGACUUACGAUCAUCAGAUUGUUAAUCUCCCUACCUCUCUUCCAACUCCUCUGUAUGUUGCGAAUCGCUAUGCCGAACGCGGGCGCAAUACCUACGCUCGUCUUUCGUAUAAUAAUACAAGCCUUUGUAAUAUACGUGUGAACGCGUAG